UGUAAUCCUGAAUGUUUUCGUUUUGUUGUUUUGUAUCUUUUUAAAAAUUUUCGAAAUUUUAUGUUACUYUUACGACAUAAAAAAUAUAUAUGUACAAUGAGUAUACUAACAAUGUAUUCGACAAGUUUAUGUAAAAAGUUCUUGUCCGGUUCACUUUUACAUGACCUGAGUAGAUCGCUGAACGUUGACUCAAUCAGUGCACUAAACAAUAGUUUUCUAGGUGCAAAGUUGUUCAGCCACAACACGACCAGCAUUGGAGUUCAAUCACAACAACCGUCGUUUCUGCGUUCUGGACCUAACAGUAUUACUUGCACGACGUCAAUCGAUGUACGCCGSCACUAUUGCAACAAGAACUACAGACCGUUCCCAGAAGUUCCGGAAUUUCCACCAAUCGUUUGGCCCAACGUUUUCAAGUCACUCAAAGCUCUGCUGUAUUCGUAUCUAAUAAUCAAACCACAACUGGACAAAGACUUCAGUCUCGGAGAGUUUGCCAAAAACUCCAGGAAGGUUUGUUUCACAUUUAUAUGUUUUUAAUACCAUUUAUUUAUU